AUGUUAAUACCUCCAAAGUCAAGAAGACAUUAAACUAUUGAUUAAGGAGUGUACUUAUUUUAACAAAGGAAAAAUUUCGAUCCUUAUAUUGAGAUGAUGAAGAAGCAGUAAUAAGUGGAAAUUAAUUCAUUUCGAAAGGCAUUUGCAAAUAUUGCUUCAUCUAGAAUUCAUGCUUAACAUCUAAAUGAGAGGAGGGAACAAAUAGUGUUGACUGUUCAUAAAAAAAAAAGAGUCUAACCAAAUUCUGAGUUCAAGUUACCUACCCUAGGUUAGGGGGAAAAGACAGAUAGAGUAAGAAUUAAAUUUCCUCCUCAGAGAAUUAAGAAAAAUUUUUGUUUGAUAUAGUAAUAUCAAUAAUUUGCAACAUGA